AUGACGCCCCAUACUCUUUUCUACACCGGCAGCACUACCAAGUCGUUCACAGCAGCCGGUCUCUCACUUCUCAUUGACAAUGCCACUGCUAAUUCCUCCGCCUACUCCGGUCUCACAUGGAAAACUCCCGUGUCCAGCGUCCUACGCGAUGACUUCGUUCUCAGCGACGAGUGGGCAACGGCGCACAUCACCCUCGAGGAUGCUCUAAGCCACAGAACUGGUUACCCGCGUCACGAUCUGGCGUCGGCGAAGACUGCCCGUGAGACGGUCCGCCUGCUGAGACACCUGCCGAUGGCCACCGAGCCGCGCACUGCCUUCCUCUACAACAACAAGAUGUACGGCGCCAUGGGCUAUCUCAUUGAGGUCCUGACCGGAUCAUGGCUUGGUGACUUCUUCCGAGAACACUUGUGGAAACCAAUGGGGAUGAACGAGACGUAUUUCUCACUAUCUGAUGCCGAGAGCAGCGGUUUGGUGCUCGCUCGCGAGUACUUUUACGAUCCCAUUCAUAAGAAGCACUCUGAGGUUCCUCAUGAGCCAGCCUCGGGGGAAGAAGGAGCGGGAUCCAUAAUCUCGACCGUCCUGGACUAUGCGAAAUAUCUUCGCGUCAUGAUGAACGAGUCGGCUCCCCUUUCAAAGGCUGGUCAUCGGGAAGUCAAGACACCUCGGAACUUUGUGAUCUCGUCCAAAGCUCCCUACACAGGGCCCAUAACAUACGCGCUUGGCUGGAAUGGUGCUGUUUUUGAGGGCCACCAGACGUAUUUCCACACCGGCGCCGUCACCAUGUUUAUCUCCGCUAUGAUUAUGAUACCAUCUGAGCAGAUUGCCGUCGCCGUAUUUACAAAUUCUGACACCAGGGUCCCCGAGGUCGUCGCGCACCAUAUUUUGUGGGAGCAUUUGGGAGUACCCAAAGACAAGAGAUACAAUCUCAACAAGCAGUAA